GCUGCGAGGAAGCCUUAUUUGCCAACAGAGGCACUGCUGCAGAGUCCAGGUGCUGUUUGUGUCAGACUUACACAGAGGGAAUACUUUCCAGUUGCAAUUGCUCUUUCCUAUCCUGUCUGCCUCAUCAGUGCAGUUGGAAUGUUGCGUGACUGAUUUAUUUAUAGAAUCAGCCAAUCAAAAUAACUAAGCCUGAGCUUCAUUGAAGACAAACACUUGUGCUGGAGUCUGCUAUACUGCUACACUAACUUUCUGUCAAGAACCCUUCUGAGGACUCCCACUUCAAAUCCUGACUUACGUCCAAAGAAGACAUACAGAAGCGAGAAAGGAAUACCUAGAACCACCAUACUGUCUUUCUGCUAAAAUAGACUGUUAUAUAUUAAUUCAUAAACCAAGAGCGAGUGAAAUGUCUGAUGGUGAAGACAUUGGAGAAGGAGUGAGCUGGGAAGUAAUCGAUUCCAGACAGGAGAGCAGGCCUGGAGACAUUCAUGUUGUUUCUGAGUCAUGGAUGAGUUGUAGUUUAUUCUUCCAGGAAAUGUCCUCCUUUAAACAACAAAACCCUGGCAAGUUUUGCCUUCUCGCCUGUAGCUUGUGUACAUUUUUCGCUGUCCUUGGUCGUUGCAUUCCAGGAGUUCUAGUUUCGUAUUUUGUAUUGCUAUGUGCCUUUGUAUGGCCAUUGUUGUCAUCUCAUGAAUUAGGUCAAAAAUUAUACAGUAGGAUCGAACCAGUUCUGCAGAAGCUGGAUUUCGGCAUUGGAGAUUUUCUCCAGAAGCUAAAAGAAAGACACGAAAAACAAAAUGUCAUAAGUACUGAAGACAACAGUGAAGCUGAAAUAUCUGCCCUUUGUCCUAAGAUGAACCCCUUGACCAUGUGUAAGGAGCUCUCAGUAUCUGACACAGAAGCAUCUGAGAUGUCUUGGACCGACAAUGGAACAUUCAACCUGUCGGAGGGUCACACUCCUCAGACAGAAAAUUCAGAUGAUCUUGACCGUCCAAGUGACCAUGAAGAAAUCUUCUCCAGUGGGCUCUCUGAGUUCCCAUCUCUGGACAAUGGAGCAGGAACGAAUGGCGACGACGAAGACUCUAGCAUUGGCCUCCCCACUCCCCGCAGCCGAACCAGGAAACCAGAGCGGCAGCACGCAAGCAGCAGCGAGGGACAAUUCUCAUUACCUCCGACUGGCGACCGGACCCUUGACCUUGUCAAUGCCAUGGCAGGAGAGGUCAUUGCUGCUGCGGUGUCUGCAGCCAUUAUGGAACAGCUACGUCCCUCCCAUUCCGAGACGCCCCCUCAACCCACCGCACUGGCCGUCAGCUCCAGCGAAGAAACGGACACCGAGGAUGCAGACGACUUUGAACUACUGGACCAGUCUGAGCUGGAGCAGAUUGAGAGCGAGCUGGGACUGGCACAGACAGAGGCAGAGACGAAAAAAGCCAAACCUUCAGGCUUUCUUUCCAAUCUACUCGGAAGCCAUUGAUCACAUAAAUGCAGGUGGGGCAGGGAGGGUUGGGAGGGAAAAUGUGAAGUGACCAUGCGUAACCCACAGAAGGAUAUCUAGACAUUUAAGAAAUACGCUUGCUAUAUAUUUGUUUUACACAGGGCUGAAUCAUAUUAGAAGUUAGUGAGUUUUAGGAAUGGUAAAUGUGUAGAUUUAGCAAUCUGUGUUUUAAAGAAUGGCAUAGUGUUUCAGAUGAUUUGGGAGUGUAAUGAAUAUGCCAUCUAAUGUCAUUAACAUUUUGCAACUGACUAUUUAUGUCUUGUUAAAAUAGCAUGAAUUUAAAUGUCAAAUGUGGUUUCACCAAACAAAACAAAACAAAGCUAAAAAUAAAAGUUUUCCACACAA